AUGGCCGACACGUUUCUAGAAAUUUCGCAGAUAGUGAUGUCAAACUGCCAAAACUGUCCAUCUCGAAUAGCUUGCUGGAUGAGUAGGAACUCUGAUAGGGAGAGCCUUAAAACUUGGAAACAAAUUACCAGGAACGAACUUUUGGCAACUAUGCUCAACACAACUGCAGUUGAAAAUGCCUUUAACUUUGGAAGAAAUGGAGGUGACUGUGAAUUCUUCAGGCCGUGUCCUUUGGGUGCAGAACAGUUUUCACAGAUAAUAAGCAAUUCACCAAAGUUAUCGAAAACAGUAUUGUAA